UUCUUUCGUUUUUACAUUUAGAGUUACAUAUACAUUAUUGCUGACACAAAUUUUUGUCAUUUUUAAACGCAGAUUACCCGCUUUUGGUCAGUGCAGGAGCACAAUCAUGCAAACAAUCAUGGCCUUUCUGAUGUCACCAAACUAAGGAGCCAGCUAAAAAGGAAAGCUGUAGAGACCGCAGAACCUCCUAGCCGUCUGCUUGCUCAGGCUUUGAGCAAUUCAACAACAUCCGUGCGCGAAAGCAUCGGUAGCCUCGAGACUAUUCGUCGUGACCUGCGCCAGCAAAGAAGUAAGGUGCGUCCGCCGGAACCCCAGACCACUGCUGAUAUUCAAUUACGAGAUACCUGGACAAUGACCGGAGGGCCGGAAAAGCAACCGUUUUUGAUCUAUGACAACGGGCCGGAGAGGCGAGACCGCAUGCUCGUUUUUGCAAGCCACGAACAGCUGCGGGCACUAUCAACAAGCCGAACCUGGUACAUGGAUGGAACAUUCUCGGUGUGCCCAAGACUGUUUAAACAGUUGUACGUUAUGAGGUGUACAGCUGGGGAGAGCACCGUGGCGUGCGUUUAUGCUCUGCUCCCAGGCAAAACCUUCUCCAUAUACGAAGAGCUUUUUCAAGCGAUUUUGGACACGUGUGAAGCGAACGGUUAUGCUCCAUACCCUGAGAUCAUCAUUAGCGACUAUGAGAUGGCCGCCAUAAGAGCGUCGAAAGCGGUCUUCGGAGAAGAUGUCACCACGAAAGGCUGCUUCUUUCACCUCUGCCAGAGUACCCACCGCAAGGUACGCGAGCUGGGCCUCAUCAGCAGGUACAAGACGGACGACAGGUUCAAGAAGAUGUGUGGAAUGCUAGACGGCCUCGCAUUCCUCCCUCCCGACCUUGUUCCAGUUGGGCUGGACUACAUCCGUGGUCAGGCUCCAACAGACCUCGAUGACCUCAUCGACUAUUUUGACGCGACG